AUCUACACAAAUCAUCAGAGCACUGAUGAUCAGUGUGCCCUGAUGAUCAGUGUAGCCCCAGUAGCGCCACCUCUCUGUGCUCAUCCAUGCCACCUGCCAGUGCCCAUCAGUGCCACAUUUCAGUGCCCAUCUGAGCUGUCUUUCAGUGUCACCCAUCAGUGCGAGUCAGUGCCACCUAUUAGUGCCAGUCAGUGCCGCCUACCAGUGCCAGUCAGUGCCACCUAUCAGUGCUGCCUUUCAGUGUCCAUUAGUGAUGCCUGUCAAUGCCCAUCAGUGCCACCUCAUCAGUGCUACUUAUCAGUGUUCAUCAGUGCAGCCUAUCAGUGCCCAUCACUGCAGCCUCAUUGGCGCACAUAACUGAAG